UCAUUAGGUUCUCAAAACUUUCUUCCUCCAUGUGCUUUUCCCCUAAUUUGGAUUAUUACUUUGGCAGUUUUCACAUAACAUUGUAAAAUAAAUUUUUGCUUGGUCUUGGAUUGAAUUCAUAUUCUACAAUGACGAGGUAGAUUCGAAUUCUGUUAUCAAUGUCUGUAAGCGCUCAACCUUAAGACAUGCUUUUUCGACUAUAAUAAAUCUCUAGAAUCCAACCUACUUAAAUUUUUUUCAAUAAAAUAAAUAAAUAAAUUUAUGCUUAGGAUUCGAAACUCAAAAGGGUAAGGGAAUGUGGAAUUUGUUAACCGGAAGAAACCCACUUGAUGUUAUUAGCAUCUUACAGCUGCAGACGGAUAGAUAGAGAUACCUUCCCUCAUAAUGGUGGCUUUCCCAUGUUAGGUACCUUUCUUUCUUCUAGAGACCCUGCACACUACAAAAGACCCUUCUCACUCAGUUCACGUUUCUCACUUUUUUUGUGCCUGCAGCAGCAUUUACUUAAUAAAUGCUGAACCUUCAAGAGGGUUCUCCUUCUGGACCAAGUAGGAAUUUCUAGCUUUUUUUGCCACAAAAUGGUUGGUCUCAUUUUUAUGGGGGUGUUUCAGAUCUGAGUCUUUAGUCAUUUUCACAAUAAUGGGUACUGAAAAAAAUGUAUAAAGUUAGUGUCUUUAGUCUUUUGUAUGUAUGUGUAUAUAAGGCUAUAUGUGUGCUUGUAGUGAGUGGUUUUUGUGUGGAAGUGUGAAUCUGUGUGGAAAUGGCUCCAAGCUUUGAUUUUUCCAAUAGGUGGAUGAAGGAGACCCAGAAGGGUACCCCAGUUGUGGUGACAAUGGAGAACCCCACUUUCUCGGUUGUGGAGAUUAAUGGUGCUGAUGCUGCAUUCAGGCCAGUGGAGAAGACCCGCGGCAAGAAUGCUAAGCAAGUCACAUGGUUCUUGUUUCUCAAGGCUUACCAUGCUAUUGGUUGUGUAACUUGGUUUGCCACAGUUUUGUGGUCUUUGAUGGGAGCUAUAAGGAAGAGGUUGAUUGAUAGGGAGGGUGUGACCUUGGAGAGUGAGAAAAUGGAAAAGGGGAAGGUGCUGUUUACGGUCAUCAAGGUGUUCCUUGUGAGUUCUUUGGUGGUUCUGGUGUUUGAGGUGGUGGUUUAUUUGCAAGGUUGGCAUUUUGGGAAUCCCAGUGUGCACAUUCCUCGUGCCGCAGAUUUGGAAGGCUUGAUGCACUUGGUUUAUGUUGCGUGGCUGAGGUUUCGUGGCGAGUACAUUGCUCCACCAAUGCAGGCACUUUCAAAGUUUUGUAUUGUUCUGUUUCUUAUACAGUCAGUGGACCGUAUGGUGCUUUGCUUUGGGUGCUUUUGGAUAAAGUACAAGCGGAUUAAGCCUAAGAUUGAUGGGGAUGCCCUCAAGGUUGAUGAUAUUGAAGGAUCUGCGUGUAGCCAUCCAAUGGUUCUGGUUCAGAUUCCCAUGUGUAACGAGAGGGAGGUGUAUGAGCAGUCUAUUUCUGCAGUAUGCCAAAUUGAUUGGCCAAGGGACCGUUUACUCAUUCAAGUACUUGAUGAUUCUGAUGAUGAGAGCAUACAGUGGUUAAUUAAGACUGAGGUCAGAAAAUGGAGCCAAAAGGGAAUCAACAUAAUCUACAGGUAUCGCUUAGUCCGGACUGGAUAUAAAGCAGGGAAUCUCAAGUCUGCAAUGAGCUGUGACUAUGUGAAAGACUAUGAGUUUGUUGCAAUUUUUGACGCAGAUUUCCAACCACAUCCUGAUUUUCUUAAGCAAACUGUGCCGUAUUUCAAGGACAAUCCCGAAUUAGGUCUUGUCCAAGCUAGAUGGGCUUUUGUGAACAAGGAUGAGAACUUGUUGACACGUCUCCAGAACAUUAACUUAUGCUUCCAUUUUGAAGUAGAACAGCAGGUCAAUGGGGCAUUUCUCAACUUUUUUGGAUUUAAUGGAACUGCUGGUGUUUGGAGAAUCAAGGCCCUGGAAGAGUCCGGUGGCUGGCUUGAGAGGACAACCGUAGAAGAUAUGGAUAUUGCCGUCCGAGCUCAUCUCAAUGGCUGGAAAUUUAUCUUUGUAAAUGAUGUAAAGGUACUUUGUGAAGUUCCAGAGUCCUAUGAAGCUUAUAGGAAGCAGCAGCACCGGUGGCACUCGGGUCCAAUGCAACUUUUCAGAUUGUGUCUUCCAGCAAUUUUGAGAUCUAAGAUAUCACCAUGGAAGAAAGGGAAUUUAAUACUGCUAUUCUUUCUGUUGAGAAAACUCAUUCUUCCCUUUUACUCCUUCACCUUAUUUUGCAUAAUUCUUCCUUUAACUAUGUUUGUCCCAGAGGCCGAGCUUCCUCUAUGGGUGAUCUGCUAUAUACCUGUAUUUAUGUCAUUCCUCAACAUUCUUCCUGCCCCGAAAUAUUUUCCUUUUCUAGUUCCAUACCUUCUUUUUGAAAACACCAUGUCUGUCACCAAAUUCAAUGCCAUGAUCUCUGGACUCUUCCAAUUAGGUAGUUCUUAUGAAUGGAUUGUCACAAAGAAGGCUGGCAGGUCAUCAGAGUCUGAUUUGGUGGCGGCUGCAGAAAGGGAAGUCAAGUCAAUAAUGGAACAACAAAAGAUCCAUAGAGGAGCUUCUGACAGUGUACUUGUUGAGUCUAACCAAUGUAAGGAACAUAAAGAAACAAAUGGAACACCUGUUAAGAAAGCUAACAAAAUAUAUAAGAAAGAGUUGACUUUGGCAUUGCUCCUUCUCACAGCUUCUGUCAGGAGUUUGUUGUCUGCACAAGGAGUUCACUUUUACUAUCUUCUUUUCCAAGGAGUGACUUUCCUCCUUGUUGGUCUUGAUCUGAUUGGGCAGCAGAUGAGCUAGUUUUGAUCCAACACAAGAAAAAGGAGAAUAAAUGGAAAGAAAAUAAGCUUCAUUUUCUUGCUGCAAAACAAGCAAUGUUGUAAAAGAAAGGGGUUCUCUUUUAUUCAUAUCAAUUCUGUUUCACACCAUUCAUCCCAAAUAUAAAAUAUAGGGACCUGGUCAUUAUAUUGAAUUCUUGUUUAUAGAUAAGACUGGAAAAUUUUUCAUUUUUGUAAGUUGUGUUAUAUUUACUUUCUUCUUUCUUUCUUUUUUUUUUUUUUUUUUUUUUUUUUUGAGAUUUGGGAGUCUAUAUUCAAGUUUAGUAUUUUACAAUUCCAAAGGUCUGAGUGAAGUGUAACCAAAACUUGCUUGAUGCUUCUUGAACCAUAGGUGCCUUCUAUUUAGUAAAGGCUACAUCUUUCUGUAAAUUCAUCCUGUUUAUCUAAUAAAAAAUAAAUUUUAAUUCCCCCUA